AUGUUUUCAGGAGAAGAUGCAUUCGACGUCUUUGACGAGUCCAACACCGAAGACUUCUCGACGUACGAGCAACAGCCCGUCACCCUCUUGCCCAAGAAGAGAAAGGACAGCACCGAUGGUACCAACGGCACCAACAAGAAAAAGCAGGCAACAGGAGGAGCCACUAUCACAGAGAUCCCCGACUUGACCGAUGCAGAGGAUACCAACGCUCCCCAGGAAAAGAAGGCCAACGAGCCCCUCCCCGUCGUCACCGAUAGCUUUGAGCAGGAUCUCGAGCGUGAGGUGGCGUCCGCAGCUGGAUUGAUGCCCUCCGCCGAGGGUGCCAACGUUGUCCUCUCCCAUUCGGUCCGCCACCAAGUCGCACUCCCACCCAACUGGGACUACACCCCUAUUUCGCAACACAUUCCCGAGAACCCUCCAGCAAGGUCCUACCCCUUCACAUUGGAUCCUUUCCAGAAGCUCUCUACUUACUCGAUCGAGCGUGGAGAGUCGGUCCUGGUCUCUGCCCAUACCUCCGCCGGUAAGACUGUCGUCGCCGAGUUUGCGAUUGCGACAGCCUUGCGCGACAAGCAGCGUGUCAUCUAUACCAGUCCUAUCAAGGCCCUGAGUAACCAAAAGUACCGUGAGCUUCUCGAGGAAUUCGGCGAUGUCGGUCUGAUGACAGGAGAUGUUACCAUCAACCCAUCGGCGUCGUGCUUGGUCAUGACCACAGAGAUUUUGAGAUCCAUGCUGUACCGUGGUUCGGAGGUCAUGCGUGAGGUCGCUUGGGUUAUCUUCGAUGAGAUUCAUUACAUGAGAGAUGCCGAGCGUGGUGUGGUUUGGGAGGAAACCAUUAUUUUGCUGCCACCCAAGUGUCACUAUGUCUUCUUGUCCGCCACCAUCCCUAACGCCAUGGAAUUUGCCGAGUGGAUCUGCAGGAACAAGGAACAGCCAUGUCACGUUGUCUACACCGACUUCCGUCCAACGCCACUUCAGCACUACUUGUUCCCCCAAGGUGGCGAAGGUAUUCACUUGGUCGUCGACGAGAAGGGUCAGUUCAGGGAGGACAACUUCCAGAAGGCUUUGGGCGCCUUGACAGAUGCACAUGGACCUCAGGCCGAUGACAUGAAAGGACGCGGCGGAAAGAAGGAUGCCAAGAAGGGCGGCAAGAAGGGCGCUUCCAAGGACGGACCCACUGAUAUCUACAAGAUUAUCAAGAUGAUUUUGGUCAAGAACUACCACCCAGUCAUUGUCUUCAGUUUCAGUAAGAGAGAGUGCGAGACGCUGGCGAUGCAGAUGAGCAAGCUGGAUUUCAACGACGAAAAGGAGAGCGACAUGGUCAACCAGGUCUUCAACAACGCCAUCAGCUCCCUGUCAGAGGACGACCGCACGUUACCCCAGAUCGAACACAUUAUCCCCUUGCUCCGUCGCGGAAUCGGUAUCCAUCACGCUGGAUUGUUGCCCAUCUUGAAGGAAGUCAUUGAGAUUCUUUUCCAGGAAGGUCUUGUCAAGGUCCUUUUCGCCACUGAGACAUUCUCUAUUGGUCUGAACAUGCCCGCCAAGACCGUCGUCUUCACCAGCGUGCGCAAGUGGGAUGGAAAAGAGACACGUUGGGUGUCGGGAGGAGAAUACAUUCAGAUGUCUGGUCGUGCCGGUCGUCGUGGUCUGGAUGAGCGUGGUAUCGUCAUCAUGAUGUUGGACGAGAAGAUGGAGCCCGCAGUCGCCAAGGGAAUGGUCAAAGGAACAGCGGACGCCUUGAACUCGGCUUUCCACUUGUCCUACAACAUGAUCCUGAACUUGACCCGUGUCGAGGGCAUCAGCCCCGAGUACAUGCUGGAGCGCUGCUUCUACCAGUUCCAGAACAACGCCAAUAUUCCUCAGCUGGAGCGGGAGCUUGCUACCUUGGAGGUCGCCAAGAACGCCAUGGAGUUUGAGGAUGAGGAUGCAAUUGCCAAGUAUCACGAUAUUCGCCAGCAGGCCGUGACUAUCAGGAAGGACAUCCGCGAGGUCGUCAACCACCCAACGUAUGCCCUUCCUUACAUGCAACCCGGUCGUGUUGUCAAGGUCAGCUACGAGGAUCAGGAUUUCGGAUGGGGUAUCGUUUCAGGAUUCAACAAGAAAAUGCCUUCAAUCGUCCGAGGCGCACCACCACCAGCCAAUCUCGAUCCUAUCUACAUUGUCGAUGUGUUAUUGUACUGCGCACCCAAUACUCAGGUUGUACCAGGACUGGACGGGCUCGCCCCCGGUAUCAAGGCAUGCCCACCUGACGAGAAGGGAGAGUUGAUGGUCAUCCCUGUGUUGCUGUCGUGCCUCGAAUCGAUCGCCACCCCCCGUAUUUUCUUGUCCAAGGAUUUGAGAUCUCCCGACGCCCGCCAUACGAUUCAUAAGAGCUUGUUGGAGCUUCAGCGCCGUUUCCCUGAUGGUAUUCCUCUUUUGGAUCCUGUCCAGAACAUGAACAUCAAGGAUGCGUCGUUCAUCAAGGCGAUCAGCAAGGUGAAGGUUCUGGAGGACGCUCUCAAGACUCUUCCCUUGGUUCAGUCAACACCCAAAGACGAUCUGGAGGCACUGUACGAGAAGUACUUGAAGAAGGUUGAGACGGUCAACUCUAUUAAGUCGAUCAAGAAGCGUAUUGUUGAGGCAAACGCGAUUGCUCAGUUGGAUGAGCUCAAGUGCCGUAAGCGUGUCCUCCGUCGUUUGGGAUACACUUCGAGCUCGGAUGUUAUUGAGAUGAAGGGUCGUGUUGCUUGCGAGAUCACCUCGGGCGACGAGUUGUUGUUGACAGAGAUGAUCUUCAACGGAGCUUUCAACGACUUGACGGUGGAACAGACUGUGGCCCUGUUGAGUUGUUUUGUCUUCCAGGAGAAAUCGGAUAAUGUGCCCGCGCUGAGGGAGGAGUUGGCCACGCCACUGCGUUUGAUGCAGGAGGCUGCUCGCAAGAUUGCCAAGACCUCGCAGGAGUGCAAGCUUGCCGUUGACGAGGAGGAGUAUGUCGCCAAGUUCCGUUCCGAGCUCAUGGAUGUUGUCUUUGCCUGGGCUAACGGUGCACGGUUCUCGCAGAUUUGCAAGAUGACAGAUGCGUUUGAGGGAUCGAUUAUUCGUGCGUUCAGACGUCUGGAGGAACUGUUGCGCCAGAUGGCGACCGCGUCCAAGAGUAUCGGAAACACAGAGCUCGAGAGCAAGUUUGCCGCCGGUAUUGUCUGCAUCAAGCGCGACAUUGUCUUUGCCUCCUCCCUUUACCUCUAA